GAUUUCUUCUCUGCGGGGACAGAUUCCACAGCUGUGGCAACAGAUUGGGCUCUGGCAGAGCUUAUCAACAACCCUAGAGUGUUGCAAAAGGCCCGAGAGGAGGUGGAGAGUGUUGUGGGAAAAGAUAGACUUGUUGAUGAAGCUGAUAUUCAAAACCUUCCUUACAUCAGAGCCGUUGUGAAGGAGACAUUCCGCAUGCAUCCACCACUCCCUGUGGUCAAAAGAAAAUGCACAGAAGAGUGUGAGAUCAACGGCUAUGUGAUCCCAGAAGGAGCUUUGAUACUAUUCAAUGUUUGGGCUGUAGGAAGAGACCCCAAAUAUUGGGACAGACCAGCGGAAUUUCGCCCUGAAAGAUUUUUAGAAAAUGGUGGUGAAGGUGAUGUAGGACCUAUUGAUCUUAGGGGUCAACAUUUUCAGCUUCUCCCAUUUGGGUCAGGUAGGAGAAUGUGCCCUGGAGUGAAUUUGGCUACUUCAGGAAUGGCAACGUUCCUUGCAUCUGUUAUCCAAUGCUUUGACCUGCAAGUGGUUGGUCCAAACGGACAAAUAUUGAAAGGUAAUGACGCCAAAGUAAGCAUGGAAGAGAGACCUGGCCUCACCGUUCCAAGGGAACAUCAUCUCCUUUGUGUUCCACAUGCAAGAACAAGUGUCGCUGCUAAACUCCUUUCCUCAUAAGA